AUGGGGGCGCUGGCCUUGCUAACGACCGUUGAGACUACCAAAGUGAAGGAUGCAGUAUCCACUAACGUAACUUUCGUUCCUGUUCAGCACAUGAACACACACACGCCAUUAAAAACGGAUAUUGACAGCAAAUCUAUCGAGGAGCGAGUCCUUCCUAACGUCGAAAUAAUCCGCGAACAUUCCCAGCCGUUUGCCGGCGAGGUGAUGACCAAAGCUGUGAGAGAUAUAUUGCACCGAGAAGAGUAUCUUAGGAUGCCUAUUUCGGAUGCAAUCGACAGGUUCAUACGUACAAUUAAGGACAAGAACAAGCUGCUGCGUAAUGGGUUGUUGCUGGAUUGGUUUAAAAUUCAGUCACCAGAGGAUCAGAAAGUCGCGACGACUCUUUUGGCAGCCAAGAUGAAGGAAAGUGAGCACACCAAGUCCAUCGUGCAAGCUAUUUUUAAGGUUGGAAAACUGUCGGAUGACUCUUUUCGAAAAUUAACUAUCGCUGUGGAGAGAAAAUUGUGGAUAAGCAUUUCGCAAAAAGACAUGAUUAGAGCAUUAAAGCUUCCUCCUUGUCGCAUAAAUAAUGAAGAUUAUGUGAGAACUGUCGGCUCUGCAAUCUGGGAAAAAUUUGGAUGUUUAGGAGAUGAGGAAUUUAAAAUCUUUAUGUUGACCAGAAUGCGCGAACGAUCUAAAGAUGAGAUAAUGUGGGCUAGAAUAAUUUACCAGCUGAAGAACGACCAAACUCUUAAAUUUUCUCUUUCCGGUGUGUUUAAUGAUCUUCUCCGGACAUACGACAUCGCUGCAGGGAGCUGCACACCCUUUGACGCUGUGAAUUUGCUAACGAAUUUUCAUACUGCAAAUUCUGGUCCCACCGUAAAAGUUGGUAAUGAUUUCGUGCGCGAUGUGCUACAGCAGCGCUCUAAUGAUGAACUCAUGUGGGCGAGAGUGAUUUACGUGUUGCACGAAGACGAACGUACGUUCGAGUUUUAUUCCAGUGCAUUCGACUAUCUUCUUUGGCCAUAUAAAGCAGUGACGGACCAGUAUACACCAAGUAGUAUUGUCAAGCUUCUGACAGAUCCGGGCAUGUAUGCGCUUUGUAAGAAUCCCCUUGUCGACAUAUACGAUUGGGAUAAAUUUCUAUUGGAGGUUGGUAAUGUCAUAUGUAAGGACAAACUCGUCCUGAGCAAAUUGUUGUUCAUGUUGCGUAACGACGAAAACGUGUCCACAAUGACGGCUGGUCUUUUAAAUCAUAUUCUUGAUUUAUGGAUUAAUGAACUACGAACAAUAGGUGAAUCACACAAUUACAACACAAACUCUCUCGACAGCAGGGAAAUGAUCUUAAAAAGCCCGACGUUCACAGACUUGACCAUGUACGCGCGAUUCAUAAGCAAUAAUCCCGACGUUUUUGUGCUGGAAAAGCUGCAAGAGAUAUGGAUAAAUGAAUUCGAGUGGGGUAAUGCUCUUUAUGUAGUCAAUCAUGAAAAUCCGAUUAUUGCAUCCGGCGUAUUCGAUGCACUUCUUCAUUCAUGGAUUGCGAAGCCAUACAAUUCGGCAGCAGCUGCAAAUUCGGAUCGCAUACUCAUCCAAGCUUAUGAUUUCAUGGUAGAAAGUCUCUCUUUACUUCAGUCUCAACUACCGACUUCUUCGAUAGCACAGAUGAUUAUAAGUAAGCUGCUGAGUCUGUCAAACAAUGAAUACAUCUGGGCUAAAUAUAUGUGCAAGCUGAAAGAAGACCCUUCAUUUACCACACUCGCUGUCAGUGUGUUUGACAAUCUUCUUCGGAAAACUGAACAUAUUGAAGACGAUACCAAUUAUACACCCAGUUAUCAACUCCAGUUUCUGACAGGACUAUUUUCUUUAAAGGCAAUCAAUGAUAUGCGCUUGACAAAGAAACCGACUGUGUAUUCCAAAAUGCUGAAGGAAUUGGGUGAUAUGUCUCAAGAUGAAGUCACAUGGGCCAAACUAUUGUACAUUUUGCAAAACAGCGAAACAAACGAGGAGGCCAAAUCAUGGCAAAAAAGUGUGCUGGAAGCCCUGCUUGAUCGGUGGAUGAAACCGGCAGGUAAAGCCACAGUGGAGGAUGAAACAUUUCUCGAAAGCAACAAAUUCAAAAAUAUGAUAGCAUACGCGAAAUUCUCGAGUGAUAGUCCCAGUGUCUUUCUGCUGGGGAAGCUGCGAGAGCGAACAGCAGAUGAUGUUAUGUGGGCCCAGCUUCUUCAAAUGUUGUGGAAUAAAAGUGAUGAUCUAAAUGGUGUAUUUAGCGCUCUUAUGCUUUCGUGGAUUGGACGACCGGUCCAUGCAACUACGGAUAUAGAAGAAGGUCUCAUACUUUGCGAGAUUUAUAACUAUUUGAGGAGUGUUGGGAUUGCUAGUACCUCUACCAGCGGUUCCCAUGUGAUUGGGAAUAGUGUUGACGCGAUGGUCAAAAAAUUAUUGACGCAUUCGCCGGACAAAAAUAUGUGGCUGACAGUUUUGGAACAACUGAAGUUUGACCAAUCCGUUGACACCGCUGUGAAGAAUCUGCGAGAUGCUCUUGAUAGUUAUUGA